UUUUGGAUCAUCAAUGGAGGUUUAUGGAACUGAGGCAAAAGAUUUAUCACGUUAAUAUAUAGUAUAAUAUCACAAGAUUUGUAUAUUUAUAGAUAGAUUUGUUUAAUAAAAGGAUACCUACCAAGAGUGUUUCCCUGGUAACCUUCCAGACUGUUUGACAUGUGAGUUCAGUUCUAAAACUCUAGAAUCCUGAGUCAGAUUCUCUUUGGAGCUCAGAUCUCUUCACUCAGAACACACUCUGCUCAUUUGUGCCAGAGAGAUCAACCGUGUCAGACUGCUUUUCGCAUCUAUCGUUGAACUUAAACCUGUGAAUUUUUACAUUGUCGCUUUGCCUGUUUUGUUUGUUGUGUAUUGUGAUAUACAGCAACAACUUCUCAAUGGAGUUUAUUGAAGGAAGUAGAGGAGUCUACAGACCCAUCAGGGUGUUGUUUGGUACACCCAUUUAUGAUCGGGCUCUGCAGCUCUGCUGGAAUACAAACAGCUACAAGUCUAAGAUUGCAUUGCUGAGAGAACUGCUCAUGCUUCAGGAAGCUUACCAGAUCCCAUCUCAGGUGACUCCUGAAGACAUGAUCCACUUCCUCAUGGAAGAAAGCAAGAAUACUCUGAGAGAACGCCUUUGGGAGUUUGAACUGGAGGACUUUGAUGAGGAGGACGCCAAACCUCUGCUGAUGCUGGUAUGGGCAGUAAAUAUGAGCAACAAGAUGAGGGACAUUGAGUUUGAAGCCCAGAUGCUCCUCAACUCCUCAGAGCCCUUACCUCCCAAAUUUCAACAUCCUAAACUCUUCAACAUGGCGCUGAAGUAUGCCAAGAUCCUGAGAACCAAUCAUGUGGCUCCAAGCUCCAAAGUCCUCAGUCCACAAGAGGUGGUGUUGGAAGUUGUCCCCAGAGUCCUGCAGGGCUUCUGGGCACUUCCUCGCCGUCCCCUCUUAAACAUGCCUUCACAGAAACUCAGCACAAUGUCUGUUGGGGUUACAAAGGCCGUCUUGGACCGAGUCACUGAUGCUCUCACCGGUGUGGAAGGUCAGACCACCUUCUCCCGCUCCAUCAGGGACGACGUGGUCCUGUCCAUCCUGACAACCAUCAGACAGACGCACCCACUCCACAUCCUGGUGAACAGGAUCAAGAGCUUCGCACCAGAGCUGCUCAGUGAAAUCGUUGAUGUUGCAGCGGAACAGAUUUGUGAGAUGUUUCAUCCCAAGAGCCCCAAAGUGCCGGCUCAUCUGAGUCCUGCUGCUGAACCUCCUGCUACCGCUCCAGUCCAGGAAGACUCCAACCUGACUGUGACACCCAGUCCAGAGACAAACCCUGCUGUGGUGUCCACUCCACCAGCUUCACCAGCACCUCCUGUGGAACCUCCAUCUAUUACUGAAGUGGAGACCAGGAAAGACGAAUGUGACAAACCCAGCCUGGAGAACAACCCAGAACCCACCAGAGAACCAGACUCUGCUGCUGUUCCAGCCUCUCCAGCACCCCCUGUGGAACCUCCAUCCAUGACUGUUGUUGAGACCAGGGAGGAUAAAAGUGACAAUUCUGGCCUUGGAAAUGACCCAGAACCCUCCAGAGACCCAGACUCUGUUGCGGUUCCACCUGCUUUGACCCCUCCUGUGGAACCUCCAUCCAUUACUCAUGUUGAGACCAGGAAAGCCGAAUGUGACAAACCUUGUACUGAAAAUGACCCAGAACCCUCCAGAGACCCAGACUCUGCUGUGGUUCCACCUAUUAUGACCCUCCCUGCUGAACCUUUAUCUGUUUCUGAUGUUGAGACCAGUGAAGAUAAAAAUGAUGAACCCAACCUGGAGAAUGACCCAGAACCCACAGAAGAACCAGAAACUGCUGCUGCUCCUGUUCUUGUGUCCCUUCCUGCUGAACCUCCAUGUAUUUCUGAUGUUCAGACCAGAGAGAAUAAAAAUGAUCAGCCAAGCCUUGGUGAAAACCUAAAACCCACCAGAGAACCAGACCCUCCUGCUGUGGUUCCAGCUCCGCUGACUCCUCCUGCUGAACCUCAAUGUAUUCCUAAUGUUCAAAUCAGUGAGGAAGAAAAUGAUAAACCCAGCCUUUGGACCAGACCAGACUCUGCUGUGACUCCAGCUCCUCCGGCUCCACUGACCCCUCCUGUUGAACCUGUGAUCAUUACUACAGUGCAGGACGGUCUGACCAGCAGCCUAGCUGUAACAGAGCAGCCGACCUCCAGACCAGAGACAAACUCUGCUGAGAUGUCCCCUCCACCAGCUCCUCAGACGUCCCCUACAGAACCUCCUCACAUUACUGAUGUCCAGGACUGGGAGGAUACAAGCAUAGAAGAGGGCUCAGAACCCACCGGAGAACCAGUCUCUGUUCCUCCAGCUUCAUGGUCUCCUCAGACCCCUCCUCUGGAACCUGUGAUCAUUGUGUCUGUGGUUGAGGUCGAAGAGAAGAGAUCACAGGGCUUCUUCAGCUGGCUCGCUCAACCAUUCUGCUGCUGCUUUAAAGCCAAUGACACACUGAGUUAA